AUGGCUGCUUUAAGAGUGUGCUGGAUGGGCAAGAUGCAAGAGUCCAUGGAGGAUGUUCCUGGUGGAAAUACGGUGGCCAUGCUUGGUUACUUGGUAGUAGAUGCUCAUCCUAUCAGAGCAAUGAAGUUUUCAGUUUCUCCUGUGGUUCGUGUUGCAGUGCAAUAUUCCAUGGUGGUGUGUACAAUCGAAGAAUCUGGUGAGCACAUUGUUGUUGGUGCUGGUGAGCUACGUCUUGAGAUCUGCUUGAAACAUCUGCAGCAAGAUUUCGUGGGAGGAGCAGAGACCAUUGUUUCAGAUCCAGUGGUUUCUUUCCGUGAAACUGUGUUGGAGAAAUCAAAUAGGACUGUUAUGCGAACCUAG